UACUGUGGUAUGAGUGUCGUAUCAAGGGAUGUUGCUCCGUUAUGAAAUCCCGACUAUAGGUUGUUGGGGAGUUUUAUUUACAGACCAAAUGCAAAAUGAUAUGGGAUUAGAUGAGAGGGAACCACUGCAGUGAAAGGUCAUGGAUUCCCCUAUCCUUCUUCUCCUAGCCCUCCUGGUCACCCUGGUCCAAUGUUUUCCUGAUGACUACCACAGUCACAACAGCACCCGUCACCAUGACUACUGUGUGCUUGGUGCCGGGCCUGCUGGCCUUCAGAUGGGUCACUUUCUCUCCAAGAGUCAGAGAGAUUACAUCAUCUUGGAGAGGAACUCGGGGCCAGGGAGCUUCUUCAAUAUAUACCCUCGACACAGGAAACUCAUCAGCAUCAACAAGAUCUACACAGGAAGGCGGAACCGCGAGUUCAACCUUCGUCACGAUUGGAACUCCCUCCUGAGUGACAGGCCCGACCUGCUGCUUCAGCGAGUCAGCCGAGAGCUCUACCCAGACGCAGACUCAUUCCCCCGCUACCUCUCCAUGUAUGUGAAGGAGCUGGGGCUGAAGGUCCAGUAUGGGGUGGACAUCGGGAAGAUCAGGGCCUCGGAGUCUGAAUCACCUAGAGGCAGGGGAUACAUACUGACUGACCAGCGUGGACUGGACUAUACAUGCAGAGUCCUCCUGGUGUCCACAGGACUGUGGGAUCCUCAGAAGGUCCAGUUUGAGGGCUCAGACCUGGUGGAGGGCUAUGAGUCCAUCCCUGUGGACCCAGAGGAGUAUAAGGACCAGGCCGUGCUGAUCCUGGGUAAGGGGAACUCAGCAUUUGAAACAGCUCAGAGCAUCCUGGGUCGGGCCAGCCGGAUCCAUCUCUACAGCCCGAGCCCGGUCCGCCUAGCCUGGCAGACACACUACGUCGGAGACCUCAGAGCUGUGAACAAUGAGCUGCUAGACACGUACCAGCUAAAGUCCCUUGAUGGGCUGGUGGAGGGAGGCCUUGAGGACAUUGCUAUCGUCAGAAAUGGAGAGGAUGAAAAGAAGCGCUCAGGCAGAAAGAAGAAGUGCAGAUCCAGUGGGAAGGAAAAGCGUGGCAAGCUGUUCCUUACUCUAUCUGAGCUUCUGGACAGUUCGGAUGGGAAGAACAGUUCAAAGGUCACAGCGACAAACCUGCCUGUGUACCACAAUGACAACUUCUCUCUCCGCCUGGGGUUCCGGUUCAACUUCAGCAUCUUUGAUGGCUCGGCCCGCCCACCAAGCAGUGAGGGUGCCAGGGGGCGGUUGCCAGGGGUGACAGCCUGGUACGAGGGGCGGGGAACCCCAGACCUUUUUGUUCUGGGGACGGCUGCCCACUCAAGAGACUAUCGCUCUUCUGCGGGGGGGUUCAUCCAUGGCUUCCGAUACACAGUGCGUGCUGUACAUAGAGUCCUUGAGCUGUGUUACCAUAGCAACUCCUGGCCAUCAAUCAAACUGUCAAUCAGUCAGCUGCAGUCCUGGCUGUUGAGGAGGGUCAAUGAGGCCUCUGGACCAUACCAAAUGUUUGGGGUACUUGGAGACAUCAUUUUACUAAGAGGCUCUCACUGUGAGUACCUGGAGGAGUUUCCCCUCCAGGCCCUGCCCCAGUUCUCUUCUCUGUCUGGCCACCAGCUCUCCAAGCAUGGGCUGCUGGUUCUGGUUCUACAGUACGGGCUGAACCGCACAGACUCACUGGGCCCUGGCAGGGCAGAGUCAGAGUGGACCCGUGCCUGGAGGUCCAACUUCCUCCACCCUGUUAUAUAUUACUACGACAAACUUCCCACUGAAAGGGACAUGAGACACCGUCCUGUUGGCUGGCCACUGCCACGGCCCAAGGCAGUGCAUCACAUGAUCGAGGACUUCUUGACUGAGUGGGAUGGGCCCAUCUCCCACAGCCAGCCACUGCGGCGCUUCCUGGAACACUGUCUCCACACUGACCUCAGGGCCUUCUAUGCAGAGUCAUGUUUCCGCUUUUCUCUUACCAAUCGAAAGCCACCCCUGUUUUGUCGUCAGGGAUACCUGAGGAAGCAUGGGAUUGUUAGGAAUAGUCAGCUGUGGCAGCAUGCCCAUGAAGCUGGGCUAAUGCCUGGAGGACAGGACUCUGCAUCCCCAGACACAGACCCAGCAUUCCCUGAUUACCUUACACGAGCUGGAGCCUCAGUGUCCUCUGCAAUAAACCUUGACUUCUGAUUGUUUACCCAAGGAUCCCAAAACUAAGCCUAUGACAGUUUUGAUGUCCCAAGACAUUCUCUACCUCUCAUUAUAAUGUCCAUGAAUAUAUACAGUAUAUACAGAGUCUACAAAACAUUAAGAACACCUUCCUUAUAUUGAGUUGCACCCCCCUCCCCUCCCUCUUUUGCCCCCAGGGCAGCCUCAAUUUUUCGGGGCAUGGACUACAAGGUGUCGAAAGUGUUCCACAGGGAUGCUGGCCCAUGUUAACUCCAAUGCUUCCCACAGUUGUGUCAAGUUGGCUAGAUAUAUUUUGGGUGGUGGACCAUUCUUGAAACACACAGGAAACUGUUGAGUGUGAAAAACCCAGCAGUGUUGCAGUUAUUGACACAAACUGGUGUGUCUGGCACCUACUACCAUACCCUGUUCAAAGGCACUUAAAUAUUUUGUCUUGCCCAUUCAGCCUCUGAAUGGCACACAUACACAAUCCAUGUCUCAAUGCUUAAAAAUCCUCCUCCCCUUCAUCUACACUGAUUAAAGUGGGUUUAACAAGUGACACCAAUAAGUGUGUCAUGGAAAGAGCAGGUGUGCUUAAAGUUUUGUACACUCAGUUUGUAUAUACAGUACCAGUCAAAAGUUUGGACACACCUACUCAUUUUUUCUUUAUUUUUACUAUUUUCUAAAUUGUAGAAUAAUAGUGAAGACAUCAAAACUAUGAAAUAACACAUGGAAUCAUGUAAUAACCCAAAAAGUUUUAAACAAAUCUAAAUAUAUUCUAAAUUUGAGAUUCUUCAACGUAGCCACCCUUUGUCUUGAUGACAGCUUUGCACUCUAUUGGCAUUCUCUCAACCAGCUUCAUGAGGUAGUCACCGGUAUGCAUUUAAAUUAACAGGUGUGCCUUGUUAAUUUGAGGAAUUUCCUUGCUUCUUAAUGCGUUUGAGCCAAUCAGUUAUGUUGUGACAGGGUAGGGUUGGUAUAGAAGAUAUCCCGAUUUGGUCAAAGACCAAGUCCAUAUUAUGGCAAGAACAAGUCAAAUAAGCAAAUGACAGUCCAUCAUUACUUUAAGACAUGAAGGUCAGUCAAUAUGGAACAUUUCAAGAACUUUGAAAGUUUCUUGAAGUGCAGUUGCAAAAACCAAGAGCUAUAAUGAAACUGGCUCUCAAGAGGACUGCCACAGGAAAGGAAGACCCAGAGUUACCUCUGAACUCUGCUGCAGAGGAUAAGUUAAUUCAAGUUACCAUCCUCAGAAAUCGGCAAUUAACUGCACCUUAGAUUGCAGCCCAAAUAAAUGCUUCACAGAGUUCAAGUAACAGACACAUCUCAACAUCAACUGUUCAGAGGAGACUGCGUGAAUCAGGCCAUUGUCGAAUUGAUGCAAAUAAACUACUACUAAAGGACACCAAUAGGAAUAAGAGACUUGCUUGGACCAAGAAACAUGAGCAAUGGACAUUAGACCAGUGGAAAUCUGUCCUUUGGUCUGAUGAGUCCAAAUUUGAGAUUUUUGGUUCCAACUGCCGUGUCUUUGUGAGACGCAGAGUAGGUGAACGGAUGAUCCCCGCAUGUGUGGUUCCCAUGAAGCAUGGAGGAGGAGGUAUGAUGGUGUGGGGGUGCUUUGCUGGUGACACUGUCAGUGAUUUAUUUUGAAUUCAAGGCAAUUCACGUAACCAGCAUGGCUACCACAGCAUUCUGCAGCAAUACACCAUCCCAUCUGGUUUGCGCUUAGUGGGACCAUCAUUUGUUUUUCAACAGGACAAUGACCAAAAACACACCUCCAGGCUGUGUAAGGGCUAUUUGACCUAGAAGGAGACUGAUGGAGUGCUGCAUCAGAUGACCUGGCCUCCACAAUCACCCGACCUCAAUCCAAUUGAGAUGGUUUGGGAUGAGUAAGACCGCAGAGUGAAUGAAAAGCAGCCAACAAGUACUCAGAAUAUGUGGGAACUCCUUCAAACUGUUGGAAAAGCAUUCCAGGUGGCUACCUCAUGAAGCUGGUUGAGAGAAUGCCAAGAGUGUGCAAAGCUGUCAUCAAGGCAAAGGGUGGCUACUUUGAAGAAUCUAAAAUCUGUUUUUAUAUUUGAAACACUUUUUGGUUACUACAUGACUCCAUAUGUGUUAUUUCAUAGUUUUGAUGUCUUCAAUAUUAUUGUACAAUGUAGAAAAUUGUAAAAUAAAGAAAAACCCUUAAAUGA